AUGAUAGGGUUAGUUAUUGUUAGUCCCCAAAAUUCGAUUGUGCAAAGGUCUGAUCUGAUUCUUGGUUAUAAAGAAAAAGAAAAGGAGAGGGAUUUGACUGGGUCUAGGGCUAAGACCUACAGUGUGCUAAAGAAUAUCGAAGUCAGAGAUUAUGGUGUAGACUCAAUUUGGAAGGAGCAAAGGUUGAAUCGGAAGAGUGGGGAAUAUCAUAAUAGGGAAAUGCUUUGGAACCUAACUGUUGAGUGUCUGGCUCGAAUGAAUAGUGAGCAGGAUGCUUUUGUUCAAACUGAUGAAAGAAGUGAGCAUUUGGAAGCUAGUGAUACUUUUUUCCUAAAGGAUGUGACGAUGGUUGAUGAUAAGGAAAGAGUUCUGAUGGUAAUUCAGAAGUUACUGAGCCAACUAUUGGAGUAUGGGAGCUCUUAG